AUGACAACGACACCACAACCUUCAAAUACCAACCCUUCUAGAGUAAUACCAUUGACGUGCUCUGGGCAUACUCGUCCAGUUGUACAUUUACAAUUUUCGCCCAUCACUGAUGGAACAUAUUAUUUGAUAAGUGCUUAUGGAAAUCCAAUGCUUAGAGAUGGUCCAACGGGAGAUUGGAUAGGUACUUUUAUGGGUCAUAAAGGAGCAGUUUGGAGUGCUAAAUUGAGUAAAGAUGCCUCGAAAGCUGUCACGGCUUCGGCUGAUUUUACAGCAAAAGUAUGGGACACUUAUACAGGCGAUGUACUUCAUUCUUUUACUCAUGGUCAUAUUGUACGUUCAACAGAUAUUUCAGAUGAUGGAACGCGCAUUGUAUCUGGGGGACAAGAAAAAAAGUUGAGAAUAUAUGAUUUAAAUACAAGUGAACCAACUGCGGAGGCAGAAGGACAUGAAUCUACUAUUAAAAGUGUCAUUUGGGAUGGGGAAAGGAAUGUUGUAUUAAGUGCUGGGGAUGAUAAGGAAAUUCGUCAAGUUAAUACUUUCAAAACAGAACAUUCUAUUACUAGUAUGGAACUUUCAGCUGAUGGGAAAUAUAUCACAUGUACGGCUGGAAAGAUUGUAUAUUUUCUGGAUGCUUCGACUUAUCAAGCCGCCAAAUCUAUCGCAACAGCUUAUGAUGUUUCUUCAGUUUCUUUACAUCCAGAUCACAAGAGAUUUGUAGCAGGAGGAAGUAACGAUUUAUGGGUAAGGAUAUAUGAUUUCGAGAGUGGUAAAGAACUCGAGGUUUAUAAAGGUCAUCACGGACCAAUUCAUACAGUAAGCUAUAGUCCUGAUGGAGAAAUUUAUGCUACUGGUUCAGAGGAUGGCACUAUAAGAUUGUGGCAGACGACGCCUGGAAAGAGUUAUGGACUUUGGCAAAAUAAAGCUACUAAAGAAGAAAAGGAAAAUGAAAAAGUAUAA